AUGUCGUCAGAUACAUUCUCACUCAUUAUGAGUGCUCCCGACGAUGAGGCGACUUUUCUAUCUCUCCCAUACAUUGAUGAAUUGCUUUACUGGUAUAAGCAGAGCCAGUCUAAAAUUCAUAGCAACUAUUCCCUCAACGAGGAAAACACUUCUACAGAGUGUUGGGGCGCUUCUGGCGCCACUCAAAUUUCUUCCAUUGUACGAAAUCGUGUGGAAGCCGAGCGAUAUUUUGAAGAGAAGUACUUUGAUGACAGCAAAAGAAUUCAGGUACUAAAUAAUUCCUUUGAGGCUGUCACCCGACCCACGACAGGAUCCGAAUCUGGCUCAGUUCGUCACGAGAAGGCACUACCCACGUCCAAUGAUUCAAAAACGCGCUCCAACAGACUCUCCUCGGCAAAAGUACCGAAUAUAAAGCCCUGCAGCACUUCCGACGCGCCGGUGAGGAAGAGCGAGUUGCACCCCAGCCCUGGGUCCCCCUCGCAAUCCCCCCUAGGGGUGCUCUGGAUCGGGUUAUUCCGGGCCCUGGGCUUCCCCCUCCAGGUCAUCACCACCGCCACAGACCUCCCCCUGGCGUCACCUGCCAUCCCGCCGGAUGAUCUUGUCCUGGGGCGGAAGCUCUGCGAUUUCUCGGCCUACCCUCUUAGCCCGGACAAGGACACGCGGGUCCUGGGGUACAAACUUCGCGACGCCGACGCGUUGCGCUACACGGCCUUGGUGGAGUGGUUUGAGGACCUCCUGGGGUUUAUACUCCAAUGGGACUACUCCUGUCAACAGGCCCGUUGCGUUCUGCUAAGCGCCUUAGCCCUGCUGCGGUGCUUGGAGGGCAUGCCCGCCGAGGCGACAGAGGCCGAUGUGGAGCAGGCGGUGGGGGAGCUCCUGACAAACGCGCUAAUCGUGCAGGCCUGCCCGGUAUCUAUCCAUGUGCGCGUCCCUCAGACGCUCGAGGAGCCCUACACCGAACCGGUGUGUGACCUGAAGCCGAUCUCCAACCUCGAACACCGCCCACUGAAUGAAAAGAAAACCGACAAAAAUCAGCGCCCGACAUUGAUGGAGACACCCGAAAGCGGGGCUCUCCAUGCCGUCACGACAAUGGUGCCGGAGCGGACCGAAGUGACCCGCAAGAUACUUGUCGGACCGUAUUUUAGCGCGGUGGACGUAGAGGCUGUGUUGGACUUCUUAGUUAGUUCUGCUGUGAUGCAUUGGCGUCUUUUUACCUUUAUCCUAUCUGAACCACAGACGGUGGAUGUCCACAGUACGACACUGGUCCUUGAGGAUAUCCUUCCGUGCUUCAUUCCUCCGCUUUCGGAAUUCGUGUACGAGGAAGAACACAACUUGGCUAUAGAAAUGGAAGCUGUGUGGCGUGCGGCCUCCGAUGGAGCAGAGGAUAUAUUUAAUGAACUAUAUCUGCGCCCGAUCGAAGACCUACAGAUGCAGGAGAAUCAAGAGUGGCAAGCCCUGAAGGUGGCAAAAGAAGCCGCUAAAGAUGAAACUGAUGAUGUUGAACUUAGCCGAGAAGAAUACGGACGUAUAGAGCGGGCGUUUAACCUUCGACUUCAAAAAGCGUUGGGAACUGGGUCCUUUAUUACCAGUUCUAGCACGCAAGGGCUGUCGUGUGAUGGCUCAUCCCCCGCUGUGAUUGCAGCCAACUCUGUUAAUGCUUCCUCUUCUCCGCCACAAAGUUCUGGAACACCACCACCAACAGGUAAAUUAUCCCGAUCUGGUAAACUUAGCAAUCUGCAUCAUAAAGGGCUUCGAGGAAGUCUUGGAUCGACGUUAGUUCUGCCAUGUUUUAUUAAACAAGAGACCGGAAAUGACUCUGAAGAUUCAGGUCCCUUCGUUAUGGAUGAAGUAAUAAAACGAGUGGAAAAAAUAGAAGUUUGUGUGGAGGAGCGGUUGGCUGAAAGCACCUUGGUUCGAACCAAAACCGCGGUACGAAAAAAAUAA